AUGUCCGAUCUCCAGGAAUUUGUUAAUCAGCAAAAGGCAAAAAAUUCAUUUUUUGGUUCAGCAGCUUCAUCGGCCGCUUCGUUUCCAACAAUUAGCAGUAUACGUUCAAAAAUCACUUCCGGUUUAAAUGGUUUCUCAACAGUACUUUCGCCGGGUUCCGAUUCGGAUCGAGAAGCGUUGACCGAAUCGGCUGAACCAGUUAAUGGGCAGUUGCCCUCGACACGGAAUCGGAAGAAUAACGGAUGGUUCAGUUCAGUUUCUGGUGAAGAAACACUUUUUGGGAUGUCAAGAAUGCAAAGGAUUACCGCCUUUUUCAUGUCAAUUACAGCAGCCUUCUUGUGUUUUGGCACGGUUAGUUAG